AGGAUGAGUCAUUUUAAGUCGAUAAAUAACAACAGUUUGUCAGAAGUCUUAUUUAUUUUUGUUAGUCUUCCCUUUUUAAUGAUGAACCAUCUAAACAAUCGUCGAUUCCAAGCAAAAACAGUCUUCUUUUUGAAAUAGUAGAAGAGAAAAGAGUGGAAAUCAGAUCCCGUUACUUGUCUUUGUGCGUGGAUGACACAUAAGGUUACUAGGAAGUAGAGUGACAUCUAAACAAAACAAAAUGGCAAAGGUUGUAUCACAAGAAACAUUUGACAGUGUUGUUCUGGAAAAUGUUCUUGAAUUUGAUAUGGAUAUUGAAGAUGCUAUAAAUGAUGCUAUAAAGGAAUUUGAAUCUCAGGGUGUGCAUCUUGGUACCAUUGUAAAGAAUAUGCAUCUUAGUGAGGAUAAGCAGAACAUUAUCCAUGAUAUUCUUGUUGCAUUAGAAAAGAUCAAGUGUGCUGCAGAUGGCUCUCCUUCUGAAAGUGAUAUAUCAGCGCCUCUGGCAACUUUUAGUGCCGAGUGCAAGGUGUCUGUUGCCCAUCGCGUCUUAGCCAAUAAAAACAAUGCUUAUGAAGUUCUUAUCAAAUUGAUAAAGAAAGUCCAGGGUGACCCCGCUCUCCUAGCCCCAUCUGUAAAAGCAAUGGGUGCUCUAAUGGAACAAAACUCUGAUAUACUGACCUUGGAGGGAAUCGAGUUACUACUGGAUCUACUUAAGGACUGGACGACUCGAAAUGAAGAGUCACGAGUACCUGAAUAUUUGGGUCGUUGGUCAACUGAAUGCUGCUUAAAGCACGAACGGAAUCGCCAGACUAUGGUAACAGCAGGUUCUCUUGGCAUUCUGGUAGCUUUCUUGAAGGGACAGAAAUCAAACUCCAAAGCCAUCAGAACAACCAGCAAAGCCAUUCGUGCUUUUACACUCGAUGAUGAUAUGAGACAGGAGUACGGAAAGGCUCACGAGCAUGCAAGGCUUUUAGUGGAGGAGCACGGACUCAUUCCUCUUUGCUUAGAGAUGAUCAAAGAUUGGCUGCAAGAGAGUGACACUGCAAGUGAGCUGCUCUCUACUGUCAGUAAGCUUUGUGUCAGAGCUGAAUACUGUCAAGAAGCCGUUGAUCAUGAUGCUCUUAUUGUCAUCAAUGAUAUUCUAGUUUCAUUCCCAGAUCAUGCAUCUCUUAAUAAGCAGUCAAUGACGUUCCUGAAGACUCUUGUCGGGAAUGACAAAGUGAAAGCAGAGGCAAUGAAGACAGGUUCUCCUCAGUUAAUUAUUGCAGCACUUGCCAAACACCAGGCCAUACCUGGAGUGUGUGAGGCAGCGUGUAGUGCAAUAUCUUUCCUAGCCUUGAGAGUUUCAGAUCAUGCAAAGCAGCUCAUGCAACUAGGGGCUGGUCAGGCCAUUGUUCAGGCUAUGAAAGUACAUUCUAACCAGAAACAGCUCCAGAAACUAGGCUGCAUGGCAAUCAGGAACCUCGUCUCGCGUGUGCCUGAAAACCAGCAGAUGUUCAUCGAGUACAAUGUUGAGGAUGUGAUUCAUGCUGCCCUUGAGAACCAUGGAGAAUCCGUGAAGGAUGUGGCUCAAGCUGCCCUUAGAGACUUGGAUCUGAAGGUCAAUCUGGUGGAGCAGUGGAGAGGAACUGGCCACGAAAUCAGUCGUUGAAGUCAGUAAUAACCAGCUCUGAGAUCUCGUAUAGAGAACAUCCUCAUGUUUGUGAUCUUUUAUUGCAUUAACAACAUUUAUCUUGCCUUAUGGCAAAGACCUGCCUUCUUGCAUUUGAGUUUAGAUUACUGCUGAGAUAUGGGUUAAUGUUACCUGUUUCCUACUUAGUCCUUUGUUCUUAACAUUACAAUAGGAAGUUUUAUGAGCAAAAUAUAUUGGUCUGAUGGAGUUUACUAAUGUAAGCUGUGCAAUAAAUUUGCUUUAUAUCUGUAAAAGAGGAAACUUUUUGUUUACAUGUACAAUGGUACAUGCUUGCAAAGUAUGGGCCUUAAUUCAUUGCUUUGCACUUUACUUUCAUAAUUGGCAGAUGAAUAAACAUGCUCAAAGAGCACAUUCUUAGCAAAGUAAACAUCCUUUUCAGGCUGGAUAAUUUCUCUUAAUGUUCUUAUUAAGGAGAUCCAUAGCACAAGCUUUAAUGCACAUAUUUUACAUGGUUUUGAGGUACCUACUCAGUAUGUUUAGUAAUUUGAACUUUACUCUUUAAUUGGUCACAGUUUCAGCAUUUGCUUUUUACAUAUUCAAUGGGUCACAGUCACAUGUGAAUAUUGUAUUAGAACUUUUUCAGUAGAGUAACACACUAAUCUGGCUUUCAUGCAUUAAACAGAAGGUUGGUGCUUUAUAUUUGGUGAAGUGUUAAAGCUUUUUAUUGGAAUUACUUCAGUUUUUUCACCAGGUGAGAAAAAAAGAUAAAGGAUAAUCUGGAGAGGAUUUCAUAAUAGAUUUUAAUAAGUAUAUACUAAAUUAGGAAUAGAUAUUCAUGUAUUCUAUACUGAGUUCCUUCCUUCAUGACAGAAAUUAAUAUAUAUCCUGGAGCCUUAGUAAAUGUGAUAAUUGUCUUAAUGUAUUUUGUGAUUCCACACCAAAAAAUCUUUUUUUUAUAUAUAUAUAUAAAACUUACGUUCCUUUAGUAAUCCCAGCUGGAGUAAAUUUUGCAGACAUUGAGAUGAAUAGUUAACUAAUUGGCUUUUAUGCCAUCAAACAGCUAUAAAAAUAUGUUCUAAGAGAGCUAUUUAAGGGAAUUUCUUUGCAAUACAUAUUAGGUCUUGUCUAUACAGUUACCAAAUCAUAAACCAAGUCAGAGAUGAUGUCAUAUGCAUUUGGACCUUGCUGGCACUGCCUUUUGUGUAGAUGAGCCUUACAUAUGUUAUGCUGUAAGGAUUACAAACACGGUCACAUCUUGUUCAAGCUACUAUUAACUUAAUAGUUGCAUCUAAGUAAACAUGGAAACGGUCUAUUUAAGGUUAUUGAUGUUAGAAGGUGCUACUUAUACUAUGGGUAUGUGAAAUAAGGUCUUUGAAUUAGAGCACUUGAUCUUCAUUGUAAUUGCAGAGGUUUUGCUCGUGUUCUUUAAUUACGCAUUUGCAACCUAUUUAUCAAUAAAUUUGUUUGAAAGAGAAUCUCAAAAUCAUGUAUGAGGCAAUGUGAAUUAUUUUGAUUCUCUGUUUAGUCCGUAUCAUUUUUAUAUUUGCAACAGAUAAAAUUAGCCAGUGCUACCGAAUAUGCUUGGGAUUAUAUAACACCUAUGUUACCCAUAAUGCUUCCUGAAGGCAGUAUAAAAAUAUCAUAGACUAAGAUUAUUGACUAGAUAUUACCAUGUUUCAAAUGGGAAAAAUAAGUUAGUUUAUAAUUUUUUUGUCUUAGUUAAGGGUAAUAAGAAUGCUAUGACAUUUCAUGUUUAUGAGUAGUUUUUUUUUCUCAUCAGAAAUAAGGCAAAGAAUGCACAUUUCUUUAGUUUAAAAUAAAUACUACACUGACUUGCAAGUAGGUUGUUAUUGAUUGAUGAUGUAGGGAGUACUUUGGGUCCAAUACAUUCAUUCCAUUUCUACUUUCCUGACGUUUUAUAGUAGGAAAUGGUGUUUUCUUGUUGGUUAUUACAUUAUGUGGCAGUAAUGUUUUUUUUUUUUAGUCUAAAAGAGAUAUCAUUCCUUGAUGAAAUAUAUUUUUGUGUGCAUAAUAGAACCGUUGGUAGAACUCAGAGAUCAUGUCAUUUAGUACAAACCACUAAUGUUUAUAACAUCCCAUCAUUACUUUUUGUUUAUAUAUUUAUUCAUUCUGCCUUUCAAGGGAAAGUAAUCACUGACUUUUCUAAAAUAUUUGAUAAAAAGGAAGAGUGUAAUAGGCAAAAUGUAAAUAACUGUUUAUUUAUGGUGAUGUAAAAGAAUCAUUAUUUUAUUAUGUUAUUCAUGGGGAACUUGUAGUAUUUAUUUAAACCAUUACAUCACUAUUCAAAAAAGCAAACAAACAUAUAGUGUACUUAUGAAUGGUAUGCAUUCCUGUGAAGUGACAAGUGUUUGCAUGCAAGUUCCCUAUAUAAUCUUGUAAUGUAGAAUUAUUUUCAUUUUUUUAUUUGUUUCAUAUUAUAUUCAUAUCAAUGCUAAAGAGGAAAAAGAAUAAUAUAGAAAAUUUGAGGUUUGUAAACAAAAGUCUGUGGAAUGAUAAAACACUGCUACAAAAACUGUGUAUGUAAUUGGCUACAAAUGUAAUAACUUAUAUUCUUUUCUGUGUCAAGGGAAUAUUGUUAUGGUUAGUUUUGGAUUAGGAACAUACAACUUUUACAUUUGAUUUUCAUUAAUGAACUAAUUUUCAUGCUAUUUAUAUGAAUUUGUAAUUUGGAUUUUGAAAUAAAUGAAAAUAAGAA